AUGAAGGAAUCGGAUUACGGGCAAGCAUAUGCAAGACAGCUGAAACUAACUAAACAUGGUAGGGCUGGGCUGCAGCUAGCGGCUGUUGCACUAAUGGGCAGGCUCGGCAGUGGAGUGGAAGAACAAUACUUUCGCGUUUCGUCUACUGAGUGUAUAGUUGGGCGGGGGGUCGUCUACGUUUCCAUCGGCGCCCAGGCUAGGUUGCGGCCCGUUGAGGCCGGCGGAGGUCGCGUCGCGCACGCCCUAGCCCUAACCCCCUCUGAUGAGGCCGUAUGGCAUUACCACCAACCAGCACCCGUUCGCGCUUACGGCCACUCCCGAGGCCGGAACAUCGAACUCGGGACUGGCCGGGGGGUGGGGUGGCUGUUCUACCCCUAUCGGCGUCGAAGCCGGGUUGCAACCACGCAGAUAGUUGGGCGGGGGGUCGUCUACGUUUCCAUCGGCGCCCAGGCUAGGUUGCGGCCCGUUGAGGCCGGCGGAGGUCGCGUCGCGCACGCCCUAGCCCUAACCCCCUCUGAUGAGGCCGUACUGCCAACCAACACCCGUUGUGUUUUGAACGGCCGCAGUAAGGGUGUAUUCUACUGGAUGCGCCACCUAGGCGCUUACGGCCACUCCCGAGGCCGGAACAUCGAACUCGGGACUGGCCGGGGGGUGGGGUGGCUGUUCUACCCCUAUCGGCGUCGAAGCCGGAUUGCAACCACGCAGGUUGGCAGGGAUCGCGACGCGCACGCCCCGGCUACUGACCCCCUUCCUGAUGGACCCAUUUUAAAUUACCCUCAACCACCGUCCAUCCGCGAAUCAAGUGAAUACUGGGAGGGAAAUUCCAACGAACAAAGGAAGGAAUCGGAUUACGGGCAAGCAUAUGCAAGACAGCUGAAAAUAACAACC